UCAAGAUGGCGGCAAUGUUUGUGGAAUGUGUUUGAUAGCAUGGGUAUCUAACGCGUUGGUGCGCAGCCAUGGGAUGAAACAACACAGGCAAACGUUUCUUCUGUUUUCCUUGAAAUGAACAGAAAGGCAUGUUUUGAAAAAUGAAAAUCACUCCCAGUGCAUGAUGUUUGAUUACACACACGAGUGUUGAACUGCAAACAGUUGUUGAGUGCGACAGAUCAGUUGCUCUGAUUGACAGGAGAUUAUCCGAGAUAAUGAAAACAUGCAUAUCAUGUUGUGUGACAUUAGGCAGCCUUUUACUCGUAGUGUCAACUUUGGUAGCAUAGUGCAGAUUCACUGAAGUAUGUACAACUACAGUAAACCGAGAAGCAGAUUUACAGUUGCAAAAGAGUGAUUACAUCUGUGAAAGUGUCAGACCCAGGUAAUAUCCUCUACUCUCUCACUCCAAGUACUCCCUACUAGCACCUCUUUCACCAGAGAACCCCGCCUCCAGCACCUCGCCGGUCCCGGGGGUCACCCCGACCCCACCACAGUUGUGUUCCGACAGACCCACUCCAACGACAUUGCGAUGAGACGCUACAACCAGCCAGCUGACUUCACCCUCAAUAACUUUGCAGAGAAGAUCCCGAUCCACUACCGUGGCAGCAAGAGGCCGAUAGUUCCAGCUGCAGCAUGUGCACAUGACCUGAGUCGGCCAGAUGUGGUCAGUCCGGAUGAUGAUGAAAGUGUUGGUUCACACCCACACAGUGCGCAGUUUGCCCCUAAAGCUCAGAGAGCAGCUGCAUUCCUACCAGGUGACCGUGUCAUAUUUGCUGAGAGUCCAUCGGCACCUGGCAUCCCAGUUGUUUACAGGGCCCCAGAGGAACGGGCAUCCAACCCAGACAGACUCAACUUGGACAGACGGAAACUCACAGUAUGUCCGAUCCUGGAGGGCGAAGAACAGCUCCGGCUCCUCAACUACCAACACAACUUCAUCACCAAGAUUCAACACCUCAGCUCACUCAAACGCCUCAUAUUUCUAGAUCUCUAUGACAACCAGAUAGAAGAGAUAAAUGGACUGAGUGCACUCAAGUCCCUCAGGGUGCUCAUGCUGGGGAAAAACAAGCUUAAGAAAAUAGAAAAUCUUGAGAAUCUGGUCAAACUGGAUGUUUUGGACUUGCAUGGCAAUCAAAUCAAAGUCAUAGAGAACCUGAGCCACCUGGGAGAGCUGAGGGUCCUCAAUCUGGCCGGCAACCAGAUCCGACACGUGGACAACUUGAUGGGGAUGGAUGCAUUAGCGGAACUCAACCUACGGAGGAACAGGAUACGGACUAUAGUGGAUGUAGACAGUCUCCCCAACCUGCAGCGACUCUUCCUCAGCUUCAAUGACAUCUGCAGCUUUGAGGACAUAUCAUGUCUGGGGGAGUCCACCAGCCUGUCCGAGAUCUCCCUGGAUGGAAACCCCAUUGCCCAGGAGCAGUACUACAAGCAGGCCGUCCUCCGACACAUGCAGCAGAUCAAACAGCUGGACAUGAAGAGAGUCAGUGAGGAAGAGCGGCGGAUCGCCCUGGUGAUGGCGAGGAAGGAGGAGGAGAAGAAGAGGGAGGUCAACAAGAUAUCAGUGAUGAAGGAGAAGAGGCGGAUUGCCAUCAACAAUGCCAAGCGCCAGUGGGAGACAAUGCAGGGGUCAUUAAUGUCACGGACGGGGAGGCUAGUGUCGGGACAGCCAGAACUCUACGCCAACCACAUCGGCACCAUCAACAACUCCGACUUCAUGUCUCAAAGUCCUGAUGGAGAUGACAAUGACUCCAUUACAAGUGACAAGAGGUUGACAAGUCGGCCGGGCAGUGCACGAAGUAACACCACCACAGAGUUCUCCGGGGACGGGUCACGUGAUCGGCCUCGUACCGGCAGCAGAAGGGGAGAGAAGACACAGGGAGUUCAUAAGGAAACCAUGCUGUUCGGGAAGUCAAACACAACCAAUGGCAAGGAGCUGAGUAACCUGGCUGACCUUGAGGGCGACACUCUCACCUUGUACGGUCCGCAGUCUCUGGAGGCACUCGACAAGAACUGGGGCAUCCAGGCGGCCGGCACUGUCAUGUGCAUGGUGUUUAAGUUUGUUGACUUUGAGGAAAUUGCCAAGCACCUGCACAAAGUUCGGACACGGUUUCCAAGCACACAGACCCUAGUCUUCAGCUCCACCAACAUCAACAGCCUGCAGCAGAUCAACGCCCUCGCCAACAUCCGCCGCAUUGACAACCUCACCAUUGACCUUGACGGCAACCCAGUCACCAAGUUCACGCUAUGGAGGAUGUACACCAUCUUCCGUCUGGCUCACUUCUCCCUGAAGAAGAUCAACGACAUUGAGGUCUCACCAACAGACAUAGUAAAUGCAGAGAAGCUGUUUGGUCCACUGUCCUUUAUCAUCGGCUACAAGACUCCCCAGCUGAGGUCAGAACUAAGGAAAAAGGGGAGUAUGUCCUUUGAAGACAAGCCUCGCAAGUCUGGAGACAGCAAGCAGGCUCAGAUAGAGCUGGAGGGACGAUCUCGCCUCGUGUACCUGGUACCUGGAGAGGCGGCAACAGCCAAUAAGGAUAGUUCCAAGAUACAGUUUGCCCGGAGUUAUAUUAAUGAACUUACAAAAGAAGCAAUUUUUGCGGAUAAGAAACGGGCUGAGUUGCAGCGUCUGUGGCCCCAGAUGUUCUAUGAGAUGGUCCAGAGCACGCUGUCUGACAUGCAGGACAUGAAGGCCUACAUGAAGAAGUGUACUGAAGACCUGGACAGGUCCUAACACAGCCAUGUGCACGGUCUGCUGUCACCUGGAUCACGGUCUUUCGCUAACAGAGGCAUGGUCUGCUGUCACCUGGAGAUCUGUCUCUCUGGACCAGGGGAUGGUCUGUCCCCACGAGCACGGUCUUUCGCUACCAGAGGCAUGGUCUGCUGUCACCUGGAGAUCUGUCUCACUGGACCAGAGGAUGGUCUGUCCCCAUGAGCACGGUCUUUCGCUACCAGAGGCAUGGUCUGCUGUCACCUGGAGAUCUGUCUCUCUGGACUAGGGUAUGGUCUGUCUCCACGAGCACAGUCUUUCGCUACCAGAGGCAUGGUCUGCUGUCACCUGGAGAUCUGUCUCACUGGACCAGGGGAUGGUCUGUCCCCAUGAGCACAGUCUUUCGCUACCAGAGGCAUGGUCUGCUGUCACCUGGAGAUCUGUCUCACUGGACCAGGGUAUGGUCUGUCCCCAUGAGCAUGGUCUUUCGCUACCAGAGGCUUGGUCUGCUGUCACCUGGAGAUCUGUCUCUCUGGACCAGGGGAUGGUCUGUCUCCAUGAGCAUGGUCUUUCGCCACCAGAGGCAUGGUCUGCUGUCACCUGGAUCACGAUCUUUCGCUACCGGAGGAAUACUCUUCUGUCUGGAGAUCUGUCUGGACCAGGGGAUGGUCUGUCUCCACGAGCACAGUCUUUCCCAACACCGGUGUAUAUCUUUCACCUUCCAGGGGCAUCUUCUGUUGCCAUUCCUGGGCAUGGUCUAAAACCACCUAGGGGGCACAUUAUUAUAACAGUAAAAGGCAGGAAAACUUUAACAUAAGAAGAAAUGACAGUGAAACAAACCCCACACCUCCCUGAUGGUCUACCCUACUGUACUGCACCCAACCACCCCUUCCCUCUCCAUAUAGCCCUCUUGCUAUUUCACUGCUUUACUCAAGCCUGUACCAUGCCUAACCCUAUUCCACUGUGUCCUACCCUAUCUCUCCUAGACUGUCUCCCUCUUGUAAAGUCCCCUUACAUACAAUCCACCCCACCUCCCCUCCUACCAAUCUCCUAGAUUGUCUCCCUCUUGUAAAGUCCCCUUACAUACAAUCCACCACCACCCCCCACACACACACUCCCCCUCCUACCAAUCUCCUAGACUGUCUCCCCUCUUGUAAAGUCACCCUUACAUACAAUCCACCCUCCUCCUCCCCCUCCUACCAAUCUCCUGGGCUUUGAAGUCACCUGCCCCUUCCCUACUGCUCCCCAUC